AUGUCUCCAAUACUGAUGAUGAAGAUGGAAAUGUUUAAUCUGAAGGAAAAUGCAAUUUGGAUUGGAGGCUUAAACAUUGAUCAGCUCCCACACAUUCUCAUUUUGGAGAAAGUAUGGACACACAUCUGGUCUUGCAAAACCCUAUCCAAAAUCAAAUCAUUUUUAUGGCGUGCAUGUGCGCAAUGCCUUGCUUCUGGGGAGGGUCUUCUUUCUCGUCAUGUUUCCGUUGAUCCAUCAUGUCUGAGAUGUGGAGUUGCAGUGGAAACUGUGGAUCAUUUGUUGUUGGAAUGUCUUUUCGCACUUGCUUCAUGGUUUGGAAGCUCCAUUGCUUUUCUUGUUCCAGCAUCUAGGCCUCUGAAGCUUUAUGAGUUCCUUUCAAGUUGGGAUUCCCUCUUUUCACAGGAACAAAGGAAGGCUACAGAAACUUUGGGUAUGUGUUCUUUCCUUUACUGGUUUUUAUGGAUUGCAAGAAAUGAUCUCGUUUUCAGAAAGAAGAUUUGGACUCCUAGUGAAAUGUUUCAAUCGGCUCAGAGAGCUUUCUCUAAAUUCUGGGCAGCUUCGUCUCCUCACAAUCAGUCUUCUUAUGAAGCUCCAACAGCUCUCUCUCCUCCAUCUUCAUGGACUCGUCCUCCAAUAGGCUCUGUUAAAAUUAAUUGCAAUAUUGCAUUGCCAACAGAUUUUCAGGUUGGAGGUCUUGGUAUUAUUAUUCAGGAUUGUCAAGGCGCCUAA